CCUCGGACAGGAGGCGUUCCUCUGAUUCUCCUCGCUUCGCUCUUUGAAGGGAACAUCUGUGAGAAUUCUACUUCUCUUUGAGAACAUGAUACUAGGGAGAAUUCCUUCACUCCGACACAAGGAAGUUGGAUAAUUCACCUGGGUAUCUAAGCGCAACGAGCAUUUGAGGACAAUGGCUGCAGCAUCAGAGAGAGUGGUAACGGCGAAAACUCAGAGCGGUAAAAAGGUGUCCAAACCACUGAUGGAGAAGAAAAGACGAGCACGUAUCAAUAAAUGUUUGAAUCAGUUGAAAAGUCUCCUGGAGAGUGUCUGUUCGAAUAAUAUCCGCAAGCGAAAAUUGGAAAAGGCUGACAUUUUGGAGCUGACGGUUAAACAUCUGAUGCAUCUGCAAAACACCCAAAGAGGAACGCCCACAGUUUGUGACUCUGCUGAAUAUCAUGCUGGCUACAGAAGUUGUCUCGCCACAGUCAGUCAUUAUCUUCUAGCUUCGGACGCAGACAGAGAUUCCCGCUCCAUCAUGCUGACACAUCUGAGGAGCGGUUCUGACCUCGUUCCUGAUUUCAGUACCGCGGAGAGCGACCCCGCUCGGAUCACUGCUUCAACUUGUACACUUCGCCGAUCACACAAAGCUCCGCUUAAAACAGACGCUCUUUAUCCCAACUUGCAGCAAACUUCAGACAGAUAUUACUGCUCUAUGCCGAAGAGGAUUGAGAUAUGUGAGACGGACAAAAUAUCAUUUAACGCACAGGCUGGAACCCAUGGAUCCAAGAAGCUCAAAACCACACACUUCAGUCUUAAAAAUACAAAGGUUGACGAGUGCUGCAACUUUUCUGAAGCCUUGAAACAUAAUUAUUGGCGACCUUGGUAA